AUGAAAUUGCCAGAUUUUCCAAAAUUGGAAGCUAAUCCACGUAAAUUUAAAGAAUCUAUGUAUUGUAAUACUUUGAGAAAAGAUAAUGUUACUACGCCACGAAAUGUUGUCAAAGCAAUUGGACUUAUGAACCAUGAAGUCACUGAUAAAUUAGGAUCGAAACCAUGA